AUGUGUCCCUACAUUUAUGACAAUGGAUCAUCCGUACACAACAUUUUCGAUGGUGAAAAAUGGUGUGUGAAAACUACCAGGACAGGUGUCCAGAACACGGGUAAAAUCGAAAUACAACUGAUCUCUUGUGGCAUGAGCGACAUUUCCAUAAGACGAAAGAAAAAAAUUUUCGCAGUCCAGCGCACUUUACUUCGUGGCGUCUGUCCCAAUUCUACGGAUAAGCAGGCCAUAAUGUGUCGGAUUGCGGAAACGCAAGCACAGCUAUCUGAAGUCCGUUUGAAAACUCCACUGACAACCAUGUACUCACGCAUCACUUAUAUCAUCUACUGUCUCCAAUGUGCGACCAUCUACCCCAGCCCUCCAAAUAAUCGAAGAACGAAACUGUGA